UAUGUGAUCUACUGGUUUCUAGCAAUUUUUUGUUCACCUUAUGAAUGGAAACUAAAUGAAAACAAACGAAAGAUAACAACAUCCUUGUCCAUCCAAUUUUUCAUCGUCCAAUUUGUCUAAUUUGACAAAUUGAAAAUGAGAUGUACUAGGAAAUUCAUGGUAUUGAAUGCUCCUUGUCUGCAAACAGUUAUCUCUCGGGGAAAUCCUUUACAUUUAAUUUAUCCAAAUAUCAUUUAACAUGUACGACAUUAAAAAUCAAACGGAUAGCGGAAACAACGACGAAGUAGUCGAAGUAGAAGAAAACCAAGAAGAAAAAGAAAAAUUAGAAAAUAGACGGAAAUUUCGAAGAAAAUCGAUGAUUUAUCAUUCGAUAUCAUUGAUAGUGUUGCACGCUCUGGAAGCAAUACUUUUGAUCAUUCUUCUGCCGGUGAUAAUCUGGCAAUGGGUUUCUGUCAAUCAUCGUUUAAAGAUUAUCCUGAAAACCGUAGUAGAAGUCACACUCGAACUGGUUAUGUGGGUGAUAUUCGCUGGAGUGUCUGUCCUUAUGACCACGACAUACGUUCUAGAAGACAUUUACUAUGGAAAAAUGACUAUGAGAAGCUUAAACAAUUAAUAAACACGCGAGCCCACGCGGAGCAGUAACGAAACGCCGAAUUUUUUUAAAAAGCAGUACGAACUGGAACUUCUAAAAAACUGAUAUCGAUAUUUCUUAUAAUAGCUUUCUUUUUUUACCUUUCUGUUUUUCUAUUUUCACUAUACCUUUUUAUAGUACUCUGUAUUGUGUAUAUUUUCAUUGUAUCCUAUACUGUAUUUUUAUUUGUUUUAAGGCGCUUUUUCUAGUACAAGUUUUUUAUGACUGAUUUUUCGAGGAAAAUACAGUUCCUUAUUCGUAAAAUUAUAAGUUGUAAAGUCGUAACAUUAUAAAAUGGUCAGUUUUGCUAGUGGAAAUAACUUCAAUAAUUUGAUUAGUAUCCAAACGUCGCAACAGAAUUAAUUUCUAUAUAAAUCAUCUAAA